AUGGGCGGUCGAAAGCAGGGAUUAACUGACAUACCACCACCUUGUCUUCAACACAUUGUCUGCGGCCCCAGACAAUCCCGCUGGAAGGGUUAUAAAACACAGUUCCCCCACUCAAAUUUGCAACCCUCUGUGGAAGAUCUUUGGGAUAAGGCCGCAGGGCAUGAGUUUCGCUGUCAGUGGAGUGAAAAGGAUACGAAAUUCAGAUACCAACGACGCUUCAAUGAUAAAUGUAGGCGGGAAGAACGCGCCUAUCAGGCCCUACUCGAAGAUAGAAGGCAAGUGUAAUUUCCCCGAAGUAACGCUCUUCGUUUUGCUCAUUUAGACGAAAACUCAGUGAAUUAUUGGCAGGUGAAAAGAAGUAUUUGGAAGAAGCGAAAACGAAAUUGGAGAUGAAAAACACGCAGAGACUAUCAGCGCUAAAGGGAGAAUUGGAGGCCGUCAAGCAACGCCAGGAAAACGAUCAUCGACAGUUGGUCGAGGAGUGUUUGAUGUGA